GACAAGAGCAGCAGGCCCACUCUCCAGCCUAACUCUAGGCCUACCGUAGAUUGAUUUUAGAAACGGACGAGAAACUUUACCUGUAGUUUUGUUAAAUUAGGUUUUGCCACUCUUUUAUGCUUGGAUAAACGUUUUUGUUUCAAAAUGAAUACCAUGGAUAACUUGGAGAAACAGCUGAUUUGUCCCAUAUGCUUGGAAAUGUUUACAAAACCUGUGGUCAUCCUACCCUGCCAGCACAACCUCUGCAGAAAAUGUGCCAAUGAUGUUUUCCAGGCUUCAAACCCAUACCUUCCCACAACAAGAAGUGGCUCAUUGACGUCUGGUGGCCGCUUCCGAUGCCCAUCCUGCAGACACGAGGUGGUCCUGGACAGGCAUGGUGUUUACGGGCUUCAGAGGAAUCUGCUUGUUGAAAAUAUUAUUGAUAUGUUCAAGCAGGAGUCAAGCAGCAGCAAGCCAGAGCCGGAGAGAAAGGAAGAAACGCCCAUGUGUGAUGUCCAUGAAGAAGAAAAGAUCAAUAUUUUCUGUGUGACCCACGGAGUGCCCACAUGCUCCAUGUGUAAAGUUUUUGGAGCUCACAAAGAUUGUGAGGUGGCACCUAUUAACAGCAUUUAUGAGACAAAGAAGACAGAGCUGAGUGACGGGAUUGCCAUGAUGGUUGGGAACAACGACCGGAUGCAAGGCAUCAUUAGUCAGCUAGAGGAAGCCUGUCGUGCCAUAGAGGAGAAUGGUCGGAGGCAGAAGACUCUGGUGUGUGAGAAGUUUGACCACCUGUACUCCAUCCUGGAGGAGAAGAAGAGGGAGAUGAGUCAGAAGGUGACGGCUGAACAGGAAGAGAAGGUGAACUAUAUACGGGGCCUGACCAGGAAGUACGGAGACCACCUGGAGGAGAGUUGUAAGAUCGUGGAAAAGGGGAUCCAGACCAUGGAGGAGCCAGAGAUGGCCUUAUUCCUGCAGAACACAAAGCCUCUCCUCAAAAAGAUUGCAGAAGCAUCCAGUACAGCGCACUUGGAUAAAGUUGAGCGCGGCUAUGAGAAUAUGGAUCACUACAACGUCGACUUCAAGAAAGAGAGCAAGGCCCUGCGCGGCAUCGACUUCAUCGAAGAUGAUGAAGACGAGGAUGACGAGGAUGAAGCGGAAGAGGUAGAGGCUGAGGAAGGAGAGGGGGCCCAGACUGUUUCUGGAGGCAGUGCUGUUACAGCCGCCUCCGUCCAACCUACUCCCCCCCAGCAGAUAAACUCAUCCCCCAGCGCAGCCUCAACCUAGCUGUCAGCCGCUGGCACAGACGACACCUAAACCAGGAGCAGGAUAAGUGUUGCUCCUAGACGUUGAUUUCAGGUCAAUUGUGAUACUUUUUCUCCCAGAUUGGGGAACAGUGAGACAGAUUUAGAUCGGUGCCAGAGGGAAAGUCUGAGUUACUGAGGUAAAUGUAAAUGAAGAGACAGAAGUAUUUGUUCACUUCUUUAUCUCUUAUUGUGAUUGUGUUAGCGUGCAUCAUUUCAUACUGACUGAUCUUAUGCUUUUUUUUUUUUUCUAUUAAAUAAAUGUUUUGGUUCUUCCUUUUCAGUCUGGAUAAACUGAAUGACAGACAGGCUAUGAGUGACGCUUAUUGCUUAUUUCCAAAAUUCAGAUAUGGUCAAGUUCAUUUUUUAUGUAGCUGACCUUUUCCAACUCCCAGCUUAAACUACAUCAUUAGACAGAUAGACGAGAGUGCGUCAGGUUUUCCUCGCUGUCGUAUAUUUUAAUGACUGAUAUAACUUUAUGAGUAGGGUAGCCCAAGCAAAAAACUGUCAGUGUGACAUUUCAGUAUUUCAUACAUACAACCGGCUUGCAUUAUGUGAUCAUAUUCUUUGUUGUGCAACACAGGUAUAUUUUCCUAUUACAGACAAAAUGUCACAUUUUGCAAUGUUACGGCUUAUUAUAUGU